AUGGCACAACCAAAUGAUAUGGAGGUGAUUGAGGUAUGCCAGGUGGUUCCUCUUCCUCCAGCAGAUGAUGUUCAUGUUAGUCUACAUGCACCCUCACCUAAGUUUCUUCCACUAACUUUCUUCGAUUUACGUUGGUUAAGGUUGCCACCACCUCAAUUGCUCUCCUUCUACCAAAUCCCAACCCUAAGUACUCCAAAUGCUACUAAAGUUUCCUUCUUCUUCGACUCCAUACAUCCAAAACUCAAACACUCAUUCUCUCUCACCCUCAACCACUUCCUUCCCCUAGCCAGAAACCACACAUGGCCCCCUAACACCACUAAGCUUAUCUUCAUAUAUGAUAAACAAUACGACGUCGUUUUGUUCUCUGUGUCCCAAUCCAAUCCACUAAAUGGCUUCCUUUGGUCCCCCACUUUGAUUCCUAAAUGUGGCUACUUUUCCAUUGGGUUCGUUGUUCACCAUGCAGUCAUCGAUGGUAAAGCAUUUACCUCAUUUGUCAAAGCAUGGGCUCAUACAUGUCGAUCAGUACUUACAGAUAUUAGCCACAUUAGCUUGCCAGUGGAGCUUAAACCAUUCUACGAUAGAAGUAGCCUUAUGGAAAAUGCUGCCAUGGCCAAGCUUGGAGCCCUCUACUCAAGCCAAUGGCUCCACUUAGAAGGACCCAAUAAUAGAAGUUCAAUACCCUUUGGACUCAAAGGCAAACCAAAUCAUUAA